UAUUUUUAGUUUCCAUUUAUCCUACCUUUCUUUACUGUCUAAAAUCCACUUAUGCAUGGUGUUCCACAUUGCUGCGUACAUUUCGUCUGUAGACUAAUUUCGUUUAUUUGUAUUUCUUCUUGCGUAGAUUUUGUUUCAUCAUUGUCAUGCUAUCAAUGCAACUCAUCGCAUCAUUCUAAUUGUUUGGAGCAUUUAGUAGAACUAGGUAAACAUUCUCUCCAGCCGACACCAUGUACAACAUAUGGAGCACGAUUUUGCAUAAAGACUACAGGAAUUUAUGGUGCUGUUAUGGGUAUAACACGAUUCUGCAGUGCAUGGGAUUUAGGGAAUGAAUGUCAGUAUUUAGAUUUUCCCGAUCACGAUAGGAUAUAUCGUGCAUGUGUUACAACUUGUUCAACAGAUGCCUGUAAUUCAGGGAUACAGAACAGGACUGCACUUUUCUCGAUUAUUCUAUUUUUGUACAUAUUCAUGUGUUUGUAUUCAAUGACAAAUAUUUGAUCAAGUAGAGAAGUGUGCCUUGAUAUUUUUCUUUUGUUAUAUUUUUGAUUAAAAUUUAAAAGUAUUGAGUUGUUAUUUCUUAAACUCGUGAGAUUAAAAUUACAAAUAUUUGAUUUAUGAUAUUUUGUUACCAUGAUAAUAAAUGACAGGACGGGAUACAUGAUUUCGGUAGUUUUGUACUCUCUGAGUUAUUUGAUUUAACCACCUGUGUUGUUUCUGUUUCUCGUGAACAGCAUU